CCAUAUACCUAUUACCGGGAUACACAUAUUACCGGGAAAUUCCGAAUGACGCAAAUAGCACACACAUGCGCAGUUAGUUCACGUAAACUUCCGUCGCGUUUGUUUACUUUUGCUACCGGCAACUGUCAACCAAGUUUUCAAGACGAUUAUGUCAUUUUUACGGUUCCCAACCAUAGGCAAGCCAAAGGAUGUCAAAAGAAAACGUCAAUAUGACCCCCAACUACUCUCCUUAGCAUUCAAUGAGGUGAAAAAAGGGAUGAAAAUCCAUAAAGCAUCUGUAAAAUAUGGGAUUCCUGACAGCACUCUUCGUGACAGGUUUAGUGGACCCAUGCAGCCUGCCCCUGAACCAGAGAGAUUCAACACCCGGCCAGGCCCACAGCCGGUUCUUUCUGAUGUUGAAGAACAGCAGCUUGUGGACCAUACUAAGUAUAUGUCAUCAAUAGGAUAUGGCUACUCUCGUGCUGAAUUCAUGACACUUGCAACAGACUAUGCAAAAAUUCUUCAAAAGAAAGGCCCAUCUGAUCCCGAGUUUUCUCAGUCAUGGUAUGAUGGGUUCAUUACCCGACAUGCAGAUCUGACCCUGGCAAAACCCCAGAAGCUGUCUUUAGUUCGUGCCCGGGCUACCUCAGAAGCUGUCCUGGAUGCAUAUUUCAAGGAGCUUGACUCGGUUCUUAAAAAACAUGGCCUGAUGGACAAACCUGAAAAUAUAUGGAAUGUUGACGAAUCUGGUCUUCUCAUGGAGCAUAGGCCUACUAACGUCCUUUGUGAAAAAGGUUCUGUACCGCAAGCUGUUACCAGUAGCAGGGGACAAACAGUUACCAUAAUUGCUGCUGGGAGUGCUGUUGGCAACAGGGUGCCCCCUUACUAUAUCUUCCCGGGCAAAAGAUGGAAAUCUGACUUCCUUGAUGGUGCUUGCCCUGGAUCUGCAGGAACAAUGUCUGACUCUGGAUGGUCAAAUUCUUUGAUCUUUCUGGACUAUUUAAAAAUGCACUUCAGCAAAUAUGUACCCGCCAGUAAUGAACCAGUGUUACUCAUGUUCGAUGGACAUAAAUCCCAUGUAAAUAUGACCUUGAAAGAAUGGGGGGAAUCAAGAAAUUUAGUGUUCUUUGUUAUUCCUCCACAUACGUCGCACAUUACUCAGCCCCUGGACGUGGGCUGUUUUGGGCCUAUGAAAAGGGCAUACCACAGCGAGUGCCAGGCAUACAUGAGGAGAACACCUGGUCUGCAGAUCAAUAAGCUGAAUAUCGCUGAACUAUCUGGCAAGGCAUAUAACAAAGCUGUCACUCCGGCCAAUCUUAUUGCAGCCUUCAAAAAGUCAGGAAUAUAUCCCAUAAAUAGGGACCAAUUAACUCCAUCACAAACUGCCCCUUCUGCAAUAUAUCAGGAAGUGGUCAAUGAAGUAGACACAACUGAAGAAAACACAACUGGUACUGAAAAUGAAAAAGAACUAAGUUUCCUGGAUAAAAGAAAAAUAACAAAGGUACUGCAAGUCCAAAAGAAAAGGAAAGUUCCACCAGCCGUCCACGGUAACCUCAUGUCACCAACCAAGUCUUCAAAACUGAAAAGGCCGUCUGAAAGCACUCUUCAAAUUAAACCUGAAAAUGAAAACAAAUCCAGCUCAAAGAAAUCUGUAAAGUCCUCUAAACAUGUUGAAAAAAAAUCACCACUGCCUGGAACAUCUGGCCUGAACCUGAAAACAACAAGUGGCAUACCAGUGGACACCGACUCAGACAGUGACAGUUAUGUUGAGGAUGAUGAAACAGACAAAUGUGUUGUAUGCAAAAAGAGCUCACCAGAUGCAUUCACAUGUGCUUACACUAUAGAAAUAAUUAAGUGGGGCAGAUGUGACUCUUGCUCAGGAUGGGUACACCUAAAAUAUUGUACCCCAGUUAGAGUUUUGAGACGUGGUGACACAUUCAUUUGUCCAUUAUGUGACAGGGAACCUUAAAUGCAAGAAAAUAGCUUCAAAUAUUGGACAGAAGUGCAAAAGAAAACUAUCUGUAAUUAUAAAAGUUGAAAAAAUGAAAUGUACUAAUUUACCUUAUUUUGACGUUAAAGGUCAGAAGUUUUGUACAGUAGUAUUGAAUUCUGCCCUGCACUAGAUUUUUCUGUCUUCUGAUUGGCUAAUAUUCAGUUUCACGGUAAUAGGUAUAUUGACUAAACAAAAAUGGCGGCCCACAUGGACUUCUUGUAGACUCGGUAGUUGUCAAGUAUUAGAAUACAUUUUGAAAUGUUUGCACUUAAUUUAAAUAAAAGUGCUGCAAUGUUAUGAUAAAACAUUAUUUUAUGUUAUUCAUGACCUUGGUAUAUAUUGCGAGCCUGAUAACAAAUAAGAUUCCCGGUAAUUGGUGUACCC